AUGGGCAGGCCAAGUAACGGCGCGCCCGUUACCGGCUCUAUUGAUCCUCGCGAUCUCACCUUUGCCGCCGCUGGUGGCGCCGUCAUGUCGGCCGGCAUGUCGCAGCCGUCUAGCGGCUUCGUGGAGUUGCUGCUGAGGCAUAUGAAAGAUGACCUCAACGCGUACAACUACGACCGCGACUACUGCGGCCAGCAGCUUCGCGACGAAGGGUCCCUUACCGCUCAAGAGGCCAGGACCCUACGCCUGAGGAUGCUAGACCUCGGCCACCAGAUCCGCCUCUGCCAGCACAAGAUGGAGAUUCUCAGCAACCUAUCCAAGUUUGAGCAGCCCGGUCCGUCGGCCGCCAUGGUCAUCAACAGCCUCAACGCCGUCACUCAACCUUCGCCCGCCAGCAGCGGCCGCAUCCUCGGCGUGUCCAACGCCGAGGCGCCCAAUCUCGCCAUGCUUCACCAGGCGGUCGAGCUCGAAGCGGCCGCGGAAGCAGGUCCCGGACGCGCCCCCGACAACGAGAACCCGGGCAACACCGUCCAGCGCCUGGGCUACUGGAAGUGCCGUCUUUGCACGUCGCCCAAGUACCACGGCGCCCCGCCCCCGCGACAGCCCGGCGCGCCUUGCAAGUGGCCGCUCAAGGACGUCAGCAAGAUGAUUACGCACUUCACCGAGAUGCAUCCCGAGCAUACCCCGGCCGAGCGCUGCAGCGAGCUUGAGAUGCCUUGCGUACCAAUCGUAGGUGGCCCCUUUGAGUACUGGCUCAACAGGUCGAGGUCGAUGGACGUUGGUGAUGGUGCCAUCAUUGACGAGUGCAUUUCGAUGCUUCAGGGCGGUCGGCUUCCACCUCUCCUGAGGCGUCUGAGCCGCGCCGCUGCUCUCUUCCCGGGACCUUGA